ACUGUUGAAUGUUCGGGAAAAAUCGGGCGCUUUCUAACAUGACGGAUAAAGUAUGAUAUGCACAGUAAACAUAAGCACAAUGUUUUCAUUUCAUUAGUAUCGCAUGGAUUGCAAAGCGUUUUGUAUCUUGUUCAAAUCAGUGGUGUAUUUAUUUGAAAUAAAGAAGGUACCUGUAGUGAACAUUAAUAACAGCGUGUAUUACUACCGUAUAACAAACGAAGCAAAAAAGGUUUGAGCACUGCUUUAUAGAAAAUGGCAAGUGGAGGAAACAAUCCCGAACGACCCCGGCAGCCCCGGAAUUUGCAGGGUCUUCUUAAAUUCGCCAUGGAAGCAACCGAAGCGGAAGAUGCCCCUCAUCCACCUCAGUUAGAACCUAUGGAUGAAGAACGUCGCCGAUUUCUAGAAGAGGCUCUAAAAUCCCUCACUGUAGAUGUGGUACAAGAAAUUGAAAAAGCUAUGCGAACGUUACUGGACACAGCCAGUGCCGAAGAAGACAAAGCAGAAGCAAUAGAAACAAUCAUUGACUUUGUACAGGACAUCGAUGCUGCCAAUGACUUCUUCAAAGUUGGCGGAUCAUCGAUCAUUCAACCCGGUCUAGAUUCACAAAAUGUGGAAGUCUGCACUGGAACUUUGCGUCUGGUAGCGGAACUUGCUCAAAACAAUCCAUUUUGUCAACAACGCCUACUUGAGGCCAACGUCCUUCCUCGCUUAAUAGAACUGCUCUCCGGCGAAGCAUCGGUGGCUAGUCAAGCAAUGCAUGCCGUAUCUUGCAUGGUUCGUCAUUACGAACCCUGUUUGGCCGCUUUCAUCGCUAUUGGCGGGCUUGAGUGUAUACUUGGAUGCAUUCAAACAGACAACGAGAAGCUACGAAUCAAAUCGUCCUUUCUUAUGUCCAACCUGUGCACUGAGUUUGCUGCUGUGAGGGAUGAGUUUAUUAAACUGAAUGCGGUGGAGCGUGUGGCAGCUUCAAUUCGGCCUUCCAAAGAUUACGAACCAAAAUUGGAAACUGCACUGUCCACGCUUUGCGUUCUGACGGAGAACGAAGAAGCAGUUCGGCGAUGUCAGAAUGCGAGUCUGAAGUUGAAAUCUAAGCUGGAGUCGGUACAGAAACUCAACAAUGGGAAAGAGGAAUGCCAAGAGCAAAUUGAGUAUUCUAAUAUACUUUUGAAGCGAUGUUUUGCUGACGAUAAUGGCGGAACGGAUCGUUGACUUGUUAUCUGAGAUUAAAUUGGUUUUGAUUUAUUUGUGACAA